AUGAAGUUGCCCCACUGGUCAGAGGCAGUUGAGCAGAGGCCUAGUUCCGUCUCACACGAAAAAGGUAAUCCGGAUAUAUAUGCUUUAGUGACAGGCACAGAUAUGACUCGUAGAACUUCAAAGGUUAUGUUGGAUAUGAUGGUCAUAGAUGAUUCUGGGUCACGGAUUGUGCUUAUGGCACUAAUGGGGAAGAAUAUGGACAUUUGCAUUUCUGUCGCUUAUGGGACAGAUGCUCAUCUAGGCAGAUUUUGGACUUUUACUAUUGCAUGGAGCUAA